AUGUUCCCAGCAAAUUUUAAUGUUAAGAAAAAAAAACAAAUGAUUCAGAUAUCGCAUUUGUGCACUUUACACAGAAAGCUCCACCAACUCCUCAAUAUUCUCUCUCCUCUUUUCUCCACUUUCUUCCACCACCUUCUCUUCUUCCUCAUCUCACCAAAUUUUCAAUCGAUUGCGAUAGAAAAACUUAGUAAAUUCAAUUAAACGAAGAAUUAAUCUUCAGAAAUAGUUUCGUGAUUAUCAUUUUCUAUCUUCUCUACACUCGAUAUAUUCCCACCACCAUGGCAGCGGUGUCAGGGAAGAUUUUUCAAAAUGUUUCUGUAGCACACCACUGCCAACAAAAUAGACAAUUCCAUAGCCAAUGCAGCAGAGACUCUUUUACUUCAAACUUGCGCAACUUCCUUCCAUUAAAGGGAAGGAAGUCAGCAUGGAAUGGUAUAUUGGCCAUGCAGUUGCGCACUUUGUCAAUGUAUCAGAACAAUUUUGUUAGUCGAGGAAGUAUUUGCUGCAAUGCUGCUUCAUCUUCCGCAGCAGUUCGAUCCCUAGGAAAGAGUGACUUUCUCAAACUUCAAAAUGGCAGUGAUAUCCGAGGGGUUGCUGUUGCUGGUGUUGAUGGCGAACCUGUUACACUUACAGACCCAGUAUCAGAGGCAAUAGCUGCUGCAUUUGCUGCAUGGCUUUCUGAUAAAAAGAAAGUUGAUGCGUCUACACCCAUGAGCGUUUCCAUUGGUCAUGAUUCUCGAAUUUCAGCAUCAAUGCUUCAGGAUGCUGUGUCUCGAGGCCUGAUGAGUUCUGGUGUCAAUGUUUUGCACUUUGGGCUAGCUUCCACACCUGCAAUGUUUAAUAGCACUCUCACUGAAAAUGAGGAGAUUAGGUGUCCAGUUGAUGGAGCUAUCAUGAUAACAGCUAGUCAUCUUCCUUACAACAGAAAUGGAUUCAAAUUUUUUACCAAUGCUGGAGGUCUUGGUAAAGCAGACAUCAAGGAUAUUCUGGAGCGUGCUUCUGAUAUAUACAAUAAAGUAACUGAUGAUGGUCUCCAAGAAUCACAGGGAACAUCUUCUGCAUCUGUUAGAAGUGUAGAUUACAUGUCUAUCUAUGCAUCUGAUCUUGUGCAUGCCGUUCGCAAAGCAGCUGGAAAUAUAGAGAAGCCUCUAGAGGGCUUUCAUAUAGUUGUUGAUGCUGGCAAUGGAGCUGGAGGCUUUUUUGUUGACAAGGUGCUUGAGCCUUUGGGUGCUGUCACUAGCGGCAGUCAAUUCUUGGAGCCAGAUGGUAUGUUUCCUAAUCAUAUCCCAAACCCAGAAGAUAAGGCUGCAAUGAGAGCAAUCACUGAGGCAGUUCUUGAUAACGAAGCAGACUUGGGCAUCAUUUUCGAUACCGAUGUGGAUAGGUCUGCUGCUGUAGAUUCUACUGGCAGCGAGCUCAAUCGAAAUCGUUUGAUUGCUCUAAUUUCUGCAAUAGUCCUUGAAGAACAUCCAGGGACAACAAUUGUCACCGACAGUGUGACUUCAGAUGGUCUUACUCUAUUUAUUGAAAAGAAACUUGGAGGAAAGCAUCACAGGUUCAAAAGAGGGUAUAAAAACGUAAUCGAUGAAGCUAUUCGGCUGAACUCUAUUGGAGAAGAGUCACAUUUGGCCAUUGAGACCAGUGGGCAUGGUGCCCUCAAAGAAAAUCACUGGCUUGAUGAUGGAGCUUACCUCAUGGUUAAGCUCCUAAAUAAGCUUGCUUCUGCCAGGGCAUCAGGAAUUAAAGGGGGCAGCAAAGUGUUGACUGAUUUGGUGGAAGGCCUGCAAGAAGCAGCUGUUACUACUGAAUUGAGAUUGAAAAUUGAUCAGAAUCAUGUAGAUCUGAAAGGAGGAUCCUUUCGGGACUAUGGAGAGGCUGUGCUGAAGCACUUGGAAAAUGUAGUGGAUUCAGAUCCUAAGCUCAUAAAGGCCCCAGUUAACUAUGAAGGCGUUAGAGUUUCUGGUUUUGGUGGCUGGUUUCUGUUACGACUCUCACUUCAUGAUCCUGUUCUACCACUUAACAUUGAGGCACCAAGCAACGAUGCAGCAGUGAAACUUGCUCUUGUUGUGCAUGAAGCUGUCAGAGAGUUUCGAGCUUUGGAUACAUCAUCAUUGGAUAAGUUAAUCCAUGGCAAUUGAGUUUACUCUGCUGAGGAUGUUCCUCCCAGGCACUACAUUGGUGGUCUCUUGGACUCCAGCUUCUGAGAGCUGUAUUCUGAAUACUGAUCAUGGUGCCUAUUUGCUUGCGAAAAAAGGGAAGAAAUUACCCCAGAGGUACAAGGAUUUGAACAAUUGAAAAUUUCAGAGUAAGGUAAACAUGGGAAGGCAAGCAUAGGUUAACAAUUUCAUAAACUUAUUACUUCUUGUAUCAGGUUGUAAAUUUUGACAAAUUUGAAGUUUUGAGAUAUAAAAAUUGAGAAGUUAAUGAUAUCCCAAUUUCUUUGAGAAUUUUUGAAA